ACCUUUUUAGGAGCGAUGGGUAUGGUCGGUGGUAGCAACUUUAUAUUUCCACGUUUUUAUCGUCAUACAUUCGCAAUUGCGGUAGACACAUUCGAAGAUGCAACAAUAAUAAGAAUAUUUACAACAAUAGGCAAUUGGCAUUUCGCCAAAGAUUAUCCAGAUAAAGUAGCAAUACUUGCCAGAGGAUUGGCAGAAGCGAUGACCAACGUUUAUCGAGAGGCUAUUAGAGUUUUCCUGCCAACUCCAGCAAAAUCUCAUUAUACAUUUUCACUACGUGACAUCACUCGUGUCUUCCAGGGUAUUGUCAAAGUGCCAGCGAAACGUUUGCCUGAUGUUGAGAAGUUAGGACGAUUGUGGGUUCAUGAAACUUAUCGUGUAUUUUAUGACCG